GUCAUUUUUAGAAGUAUAGGGGAAGUUCAUGUUUAAUCACCCGGAAGCCUACCCGCCGGAGUACCCAUACAACCACUAGCUGUCGACGUUGAAUUCCCUCCGAUACAAACUUACCGAUUAUUUCGGCGAUUGACUCCGUAAAUCUUCUUCACAAUCUUUUUGGUUGAGACAAUUUUCUCUUAUAGUUAGCAGGCAAUUAUAGAUGGAUGAGCCUGAUCCGUUGGAGCUUCUGAAUCAUUUAGAGGGCAUAUUGGAGUCCGAUCCUCUCAUUGAUGAAAUAGGAUUCAUUCACCCUUCCCAGUUUGUCUUAUUGAAUGAAGAUGUUGGCUCUCCUUCAACAUCUGUUGGUUCUGUACAAAAAACAAACUUUAGGACACUUUUCUGGAUUAGGGAUCACAAGUUGGGCAUCUCAACCAAGGUUCUCUUUCCACUUUAUGUUGCGGCCAAGAAUGCAUUUGUGGAAGCAUAUAAAAAUUAUAAAUUGCUCCAAAGAGAUGAUAAACAUGCUUCAAUGUGUUGCUCAUCUUCUUCACUUAAUCUCGAAAGUGAAUUGAUGAAGCACAGUAGGGCACUAUUGAUUCUAAGUUGUGAUUUUGGAACAGCAUGGAAUUCCAGGAAGCUUGUUCUGUCAAAGAAGCAAUCUCUUUCCAUGUUCAUGAAUGAGCUUAUCUUUUCAUCUGUGAUUCUCUCUCAUUCACCUAAAAGUGAACAAGCAUGGAGCCAAAGGAGGUGGGUGAUCAAGAUGAUUGCUGGAAAUUGUUCAAAUCUGCAAGAGAUUAUGGAAAGAGAAUCCGAGUUAGUGAAAAAACUAGCAGAGAGAUCAAAGAUGAAUUAUCGUGCAUGGUAUCACCGUUGCUGGUUAGUUUCCUACAUGUCAGUGGAACAGGUUCUGCAGGAGUUUAACAAGUCACGGGAGUGGGCUGGCCUCCAUGUUGCUGAUAACUCUUGCUUUCAUUACCGUGAACGGUUGAUGCUUCGUCUGUUUGAAGAAUCAGAACAUAGCCAGGAUCAAGAUGCUAGCUUUGAUCCAGAACUUCAUAAAUUGUUGAAGGAUGAGUUCAACUGGGUGGAGAAGUUGAUAAAACGUUAUGUGGGGAGAGAGGCAUUGUGGCUUCAUCGCCGCUUCCUCUUAACUUGCUGGAUAAGAUAUUUUGCAUGUGGUGAUCAUGAUAGAUCCUUGCCGUCUAACCAGAGAAACAUCAGGGCGGUUGAUAUUGACAUGCUCAUAGAUAAUGAAUUAGAACUAUCCCGUUCCUGCACAGUUCUACCCGACAGUGACUUUGAGGACUAUCAAGCUCAAGCAACCUUUGCUGCUACUUAUAUGGUGUGGCUCAAAAAGCAAUUAGCAGGGGCUCUGGCUAUUGAUAUUCAAAAGGUGGAAACAAGCAGAGUGAAGUCUCUCCUGACUAAUGUAUGCCCAGAAAAGAGCUUACUUUGGAAUUAUUUGCCUGAGCUAUGUAUGUGAAAUCACAUAGCCACUUCUAAUAAGAGAAGAUGAGGAAAUUGUAGCAUAGUCGUCAUAUCAGCUUCAUGGAUUUAAAAUGUCGGUAUUGCUAUACAUUUGUUUGAACUUGAUGUUUUUACUUGUUCCCUCCUAAGUCCUAAUCACACUUUCUCCAGCGGGAGUACAAUACUUCUGACAUGUCUGGGCUUCAGUGCACAUAGAUGCAUUGCCGCUGCUGCUGCACUUUCUCAUGUUACUGCAACUUGGAUACACCCAGCUAAUUAUCACGAUAGAGGUGUCUCUACAGAACACAAUUGUGAUAUAUUUCAAUGAACUUGUCUUUCUAUUCUUAGUGCUCUUGAAAAUAUUUACGUAGCUUUAGUUAUUAUUCACCUUGAAGGAAAAUGACCAAAUUGAUGCAUGUUAUUUUACCUCAUUGAGACAUGUUA